UUGGCGAAAUGUCAUUAAGAACGUCAGUUCAAAAAAAAUAAAGCAAAAUUAUUCCUGUCGUGUUUUACACAUAAAAUUUUAAAAAAUUACUGUCAUGAAAUAAAUUGAAAUCAAAAAAAUGAGUCAACAAAAAGUGGGUUCUCGGGCACCAUCAAAAACGAGUGUAGCUAGUGAUAAAAAUGUAAUUGAUGAAGACGAAAGUACGAAACCAGAAUUUAUUUACGGUGGUCCGUUUAUUAAAGUGGAAAAACCUAGCCCAUUUAUAAACACAUCAACACCAAUUAAUCUUCCAUUGCAAGGAACUUUUAAGAAGAGUUUCGCUUAUUAUUCUCUAAGGGAUAGAUUGCCUGUGAUACUGACCAAAGUUAUAGAUUAUUUAUCAAGAGAAGGUUCAAAAAUAAGAUCGGCGCAUAAUGCGAGCGAUGACGACAUUCGAGGGUUGAUACAAUACGUAACAAAGUUGAAAAAUGAUCUUGUAACAAAUAAGAAAUAUGAUUUAUUCACUGUUGACACCCCUGAAGCUAAAAGAUGGAACCAUUGGAUUGAAAGUUGUGACAGUCAACAUUAUUUUACUAAUACUUGGGUGUUCACGGAAUGUUACGUUUACAGAAGAUUAAGAGAAGGUUGUGAGUUAAGCAAAGGACUUAAAAACUUCGAUCCCUUCGAUGAGCAGAAGUUAAAAGCUUUCCAGAACAGUUUGGAGCCGAUGUGCGUUGUGGCUGACAAGCUUGUCACCAUGCUGCCACCCAGUGAUAAGGAUAAACGGAAAGCUGACUUUACCACCUUGUUGAAGAUUUGUCUAUGGGCGAACAAAUGUGAUCUGUCAUUGUCUAUGGGCGAGCAGGUGUCAUUGAAGUCAGCUGAUGGCAAGGCGAGAUCCGCCAGUGUUGCUUCUCUGUCCAUUUUGGAUCCAUUCAAAAUGGUAUUGGAUUUAAAAGAUAAGGUGUUAGUGGACGAUUCCUCUAAAAUAUGCGAUCAAGUUAUAGCGAAAACAGAGGCUAUGGCGAAGGCUAUUGCUGCGAAUACGACAUUUAAAUUUCAAUGCAGUUGUCACAGACUGGCAACACAGUUCGGCAUACCGAGAUGUCCUGACAAGGAAGCAGAUCCCGCAGCGAAGUCUGAAGCGAAGUCUGAAGCGAAGCUGGAAGUGAAGUCUGAAGCGGCGCCGGAAGCGGAGGGCGAGGUGACAGAGGAGCCCCCCAAGAUCCCCUGCCCCGCCAAGAUGGUGCUGCCCGAAGUUGUUACAUUUGAUAUAGUUUGCGACAACUCUGGUUAUGAAUUAUUCUCGGAUUUGUGUUUCGCACACUUUUUAAUAUCACAGGAGAUUGUGAAAAAGGUUAGAUUCCAUGUGAAAAAGAUUCCAUGGUUUGUGUCUGAUGUCACUCCGGUUGAUUUUAAGAAAACUUUAGAAAUGUGCGCAAACGCUAAUUACAGUAGAGAAGUGCCGCAAGAAGCUCCACCAGAUGAUGUCACAGAGAGUGGUGAGGGUGGGGGCGCGACAGAUCCCCCGCCGCCGCUGACAGUGAGUGCGGACAACCUGCGCCAGCUCGGCUCUCAGUGGAUGCAGUUCUUUGAGGAUGGCACUUUUGUUGUUAUGUGCGACGAGUUCUGGACCUCUCCGAUCAUGUACAAGGAGAUGAAGACGCAGGCGUUCCAGCUGUACCGCAAGCUGCAGCUCACCGCCGCCAUUUUGUUCAAAGGCGACCUCAACUACCGCAAGCUGCUGGCGGAGAGGAACUGUCCUCCCACUCUCAGCUUCGAGCAGGCGCUGCAAGGUUUCAACCCCGCGCCUAUAAUAGCGCUGCGUACAGUGAAGGCGGACUUGAUCUGCGGUCUGCCUAAAGGAAAGUUUGAACAAUUGAACAAAAUCGACGAGAAAUGGAUGGAGAAAGGAGAUUAUGGGGUGAUACAAUACGGCGGUAAAGUGGAGCCGCUGAAGUCGUCAGACAGACCUUGUCCUGACUACGGAGAAGAAUGUCGCGGCGUCAUCUGUCCCGCGCACCCCACAGACAUCGUCACCUAGUGCACCUACACCUGCGAACUCAUUUUUUGUUGCCGAUCAUGACUAGUCCACAAUUUUUUUGUCAAUUUCACGAUUUAACUAAAUUGUAAAUAAAUUUGUUGAUUGAAAAA